GGGUUCAUGGAUUUCGAGUCUUGAAAUGAUCAAAUGACAUUUCAGAAAGCUUCCCGAAACCCUUCGCUCCUCUUUAGAACACUCAACUUCCCACGCGUCGCUUUUCUUCCUUUCGCAGCACCACAGCUUUCGACCAUGCGCCUUUAGAUCUUCCGUCCUUUAUGUAGGCAGGACAACGCAUCUUUCCCGGCGUCCGCGUCUCCACCUGACAACAUGGCUGGAGGCACCGGCCAGAAGUUCACUACGGCUACCACCAUCAUCGCCGGUGUCUUCUCUUUGGCCGCAACCUUCGUAUCUAUCGUCUCAAUAUGGCUUCAACUAAAGAACUAUCGAAAGCCACUCUUGCAGCGAUACGUCGUACGCAUACUAUUAAUGGUUCCCAUCUAUUCGAUAAGCUCGUGGGUUAGUAUGGUGUCCUUGUCAGCAGCAGCAUUCUUGGAUCCUGUUAGAGAUAUAUACGAGGCCUUCACGAUCUACACCUUCUUCCAACUUCUCAUCAACUACCUCGAUGGCGAAAGGGCCCUCAUAAUCAUGGCACACGGGCGUGCCCCUGUACACCACCUAUGGCCCCUAAACCAUGUCUUAGCGAAAGUCGACAUAUCUGAUCCUCAUACGUUCUUAGCCGUGAAGCGAGGGAUACUUCAGUACGCGUGGCUCAAGCCUAUAUUAGCCUUUGCCGCGAUUAUUAUGAAAGCAACAGGUAUAUAUCAGGAGGGGUACAUCGGCAUCUCGUCAGGCUACCUGUGGAGCGGGAUCAUUUACAAUAUUAGCGUUACGGUCAGUCUGUAUUCGCUUGGUCUAUUUUGGGUCUGCAUGCACAAUGACCUAAUCCCUUACCGGCCCGUUCCCAAAUUCCUGUGCAUCAAGCUCAUCAUCUUCGCUUCUUACUGGCAAGGGUUCUUCCUCUCCAUUCUUGUUUGGCUGGGGGCUAUUCCGGAUGAUGUUCAGGGGUAUACUUCGGACAACCUUGCUGUUGCCAUUCAAGAUGCUUUGAUCUGUUGCGAGAUGCCAGCGUUUGCGGUGGCGCAUUGGUAUGCCUUCUCCUGGCAUGAUUAUGCCGACAAUACCGUUUCCUCCGCUAGACUGCCCGUCAAGUAUGCCGCGAGAGACGCUUUCGGAGUCCUCGACCUUAUCGAAGACUCGAAACAGACCUUCAGAGGCGAUCAGUACAGUUACAGGAUAUUCGACUCUAGUGGAAAAGUUAUUGCACACGAAGACUCGAGUUCACGGUUUGCAAGGCUAAAAGAUGGGAUGAGAUAUAAACGAGGAGGUGAAGCCAAAUAUUGGAUUCCCAAGCCGGGCGAAGUCAGGGGAGAGAUGAGCGCAAAUACGCCGCUCUUAAACUCCAAUGGAGGCCCUAGUGGGUCAGGCAAUCCAACGCCAAAGUAUCAGCAUGGUUCUACCGACGAGACCACACUAGAUCCUGACGACGAGAGCCUCUACCACAAGGCACGAGAACUAGAGUUUGGGGAUUGGAAUUAUCCUGUCGUUACUGCAAAUGUACCAACCAGAGAGCGCUGGAUCUCAAGGCAACCGGCAGUGUAUCAAUCAAGUACUGGAGCGUGGCAAACAACUCGUACUCGAUCAUCCCAGAGCAUCAGUAACAGACCCGCGGAACCAACGCCCCCAAGUGCUGAGACCGUCAUUAGCAAAAAGAAGAAAGGUAAACAGAAACACAAUAAAUUUGCACCGAAGCCUACCCCAGAGCCUGCGGCUGUCGUUGCAGAAGAGAGAGAAUCGGAAGGCCCUCUAGGGGCGCCCCUGCUCUCGACUUCUGAACCUCAAAUUUUAGAGGAAGAAGCGGAAGAGGAAGACACGACGUUUAAGAUAGGCGAGUCGACAUCCGAAGAAGUUACCCCUGGAGGGCAGGAAGAAGAAAGACGGUGGGGAGGCGAUGGAGCAGAUCACAGUACAACAAGCCCGAUUUUCAGCACCGGUGAGGACGAGUUUCGGAACGUUUGGGGCGGCGACCGCUUGUGAUUUUUAAGACUGUUUUGUCCUUUUGCGCCGUAAUUAUUAGAUACCCUGGAUUUUCUGUACGGCCGUUCCAUACCGGUAUGUAAUUAGAAAGCAAAGUGAAAUAUUGAAAAUUGACACCUUAGCUGUGUUUUAUCCUCGCCA